CCGCGUCUCCUUCGCCAGCACGGACGAGCAGGACGCCAUGGACGGGGAGCUGGUCUGCAGGGUGCUGCAGCUGAUGAACCUGACGGAUUCCCGGCUGGCUCAGGCCGGGAAUGAGAAGCUGGAAUUGGCCAUGCUCAGCUUCUUCGAGCAAUUCCGCAAGAUUUACAUCGGGGAUCAGGUGCAGAAAUCCUCCAAGCUGUACCGGAGGCUCUCCGAGGUGCUGGGGCUCAACGACGAGACCAUGGUGCUGAGCGUCUUCAUCGGCAAAAU